AUGAAUGCCCACCCCAAGGAGAUGAUGCCCCUCAUGGGCAGACGAGCCACCAUCCCCGGUGCGCACCCUGCCAUCCUGCAGGAGAAGAGGCCGGCGGAGCUCACCCCCACCAAGAAGAGUGCACACUUCUUCCUGGAGAUAGAAGGAUUCGAGCCCAACCCCACUGUCACCAAGACCUCUCCCCCUGUCUUCUCCAAGCCCAUGGACUCCAACAUUCGGCAGUGCGUCUCCGGCAACUGUGAUGACAUGGACUCCCCGCAAUCUCCUCAGGAUGACGUGACAGAGACCCCAUCUAAUCCCAACAGCCCCAGUGCAAACCUGGCCAAGGAAGAGCGGAGGCGAAAAAAGAGGCGGCUGAAGAAGCGCAUCUUCGGGGCCGUGUCGGAGGGCUGCGUGGAGGAGUUGUUGGAGCUGCUGGCCGAGCUGCUGGAGAUUUGCAAGCGGCGCCGCAGCGUGGACGUGCCUGACUUCCUCAUGCACAAGCUGACGGCCUCCGACACGGGGAAGACCUGCCUGAUGAAGGCCUUGUUAAACAUCAACCCCAACACCAAGGAGAUCGUGCGGAUCCUGCUGGCCUUCGCGGAGGAGAACGACAUCCUGGACAGGUUCAUCAACGCUGCGUACACAGAGGAGGCCUAUGAAGGGCAGACGGCGCUGAACAUUGCCAUCGAGCGGCGGCAGGGAGACAUCACUGCGGCGCUGAUAGCGGCGGGCGCCGACGUCAACGCCCACGCCAAGGGAGUCUUCUUCAACCCCAAGUACCAGCACGAAGGCUUCUACUUUGGCGAGACACCCCUGGCCCUGGCAGCCUGCACCAACCAGCCCGAGAUUGUGCAGCUGCUGAUGGAGAAUGAGCAGACGGACAUCACCUCACAGGACUCGCAGGGAAACAACAUCCUGCACGCGCUGGUGACGGUGGCCGAGGACUUCAAGACGCAGAAUGACUUCGUUAAGCGCAUGUACGACAUGAUCCUGCUGAGGAGUGGCAACUGGGAACUAGAGACCACGCGCAACAAGGACGGCCUCACACCGCCGCAGCUGGCUGCCAAGUUGGGCAAGGCCGAGAUCUUGAAGUACAUCCUCAGUCGUGAGAUCAGGGAGAAGCCGCUCCGGAGCUUGUCCAGGAAGUUCACGGACUGGGCGUACGGGCCCGUGUCAUCCUCCCUCUACGACCUCACCAACGUGGACACCACGACAGACAACUCGGUGCUGGAAAUCAUUGUCUACAACACCACUAUCGAUAACCGGCAUGAGAUGCUGACCCUGGAGCCCCUGCACACACUGCUGCACAUGAAGUGGAAGAAGUUUGCCAAGUACAUGUUCUUCUUGUCCUUCUGCUUUUAUUUCUUCUACAACAUCACCCUGACUCUCGUCUCUUACUACCGCCCCCGGGAGGAGGAGGCCCUCCCACACCCCUUGGCCCUGACGCACAAGAUGGGGUGGCUGCAGCUCUUAGGAAGGAUGUUCGUGCUCAUCUGGGCCAUGUGCAUUUCUGUGAAAGAGGGCAUCGCGAUCUUCCUGCUGAGACCCUCAGACCUGCAGUCCAUCCUCUCGGAUGCCUGGUUUCACUUUGUCUUUUUUGUCCAAGCUGUGCUUGUGAUACUGUCUGUCUUCUUGUACUUGUUUGCCUACAAAGAGUACCUCGCCUGCCUGGUACUGGCCAUGGCCCUGGGCUGGGCGAACAUGCUCUACUACACGCGGGGAUUCCAGUCCAUGGGCAUGUACAGCGUCAUGAUCCAGAAGGUCAUUUUGCACGAUGUUCUGAAGUUCUUGUUUGUAUAUAUCGUGUUCUUACUUGGAUUUGGAGUAGCCCUGGCGUCGCUGAUCGAGAAGUGUUCCAAGGACAAUAAGAACUGCAGCUCCUACGGCAGCUUCAGCGACGCGGUGCUGGAGCUCUUCAAGCUCACCAUAGGCCUGGGCGACCUGAACAUCCAGCAGAACUCCAAGUACCCCAUCCUCUUUCUGUUCCUGCUCAUCACCUACGUCAUCCUCACCUUUGUCCUCCUCCUCAACAUGCUCAUUGCCCUCAUGGGAGAGACCGUGGAGAACAUCUCCAAGGAGAGUGAGCGCAUCUGGCGCUUACAGAGAGCCAGGACGAUCUUGGAGUUUGAGAAAAUGUUGCCAGAAUGGCUGAGGAGCAGGUUCCAGAUGGGAGAGCUGUGUAAGGUGGCAGAGGAAGAUUUCCGACUGUGUUUGCGGAUCAACGAGGUGAAGUGGACCGAGUGGAAAACACACGUUUCCUUCCUCAAUGAGGAUCCAGGGCCCGGGCGACGGACAGAUGAUUUCAACAAAAUCCAAGAUUCUUCCAGGAGCAACAGCAAAACCACCCUCAAUGCAUUUGACGAAAUAGAAGAAUUUCCGGAAACUUCAGUGUAGAAGCAGAACCCAGAGCUGGUGUGAGCGUCUGGCUGCAGGCUGGGUCCUGGACUCCGUGCUGAGGGCUUUGCAGAGUGACGAGCCUGGCUCUGCCUGCCCAGGAGUGGAAAGCACCCUCAUGCUGAGCGGUGGCUGAACUGAGAGGCAGUUGUCAGUUUGUCCGAGUGGGAAAUACCCUUGAUUUUGUCACUCAGCAAAAAGUUUGUGUAAACCCAUGGCCAGCAGUCCCGAGCUUGGGAGUCCCCAAAGUCCUGGGUGAAGUGCCUGGGUUCACCAACUGCAGGUCAGCUUGGCCGGGAGAGAGGGGUGGCAGGGAAGGGGUGGCGGCCUGAGGAGCAGGGAGAGGAGUCUUUCUUCCUGCCAACAUCUCCUUGACAGCCCCCAGUCCCAGCGCACACAUUGCACUGUCUCCUCCACUGUGUCUGGGUCUCCUGAAUUAGGGAACUCCUGAUCGUGUCCCAGCUCAUACGGGGGGCUGAGCCGGAUAUCCUGGGGGAGGAGGAGAGCGAGCUAUGGAAAUGCCCUUCCGGAACCUUCAGGGAACAAACCACCCUUGGAAUGAGCACCCUUGGCACCCCAAGGCUCAAGCUGUCUCAAACUGAGAGACGUUUUUAGUAGAAUUAUUAACAUAGGGUUUUUAUUUUCAAUAGAGGAAAGACAUUUCAGUUUUGGAUGAAAAUUGCUUCAGACGAAGUAUGUGAUUUUAAAAACUGAGAAAUAGAUUUUGGGAAUUGGGGCUGGAUGUAAGUAUUGUAUACUUGGCCUCGGGGUGGCCAGAGCAAGGACAAAAAGCUUUUCUUUACACACACAAAAGUCCACAUGAGACAUGCCGGGCAGGGCCUGCCUGGGCUGCUGGAUCUGGGUGAAAGAGCUUGGCUCUUUUCCUCGUCCUGGCCCUGCAAUCGUGCCUGCCUCCAAGCUCAGAUGAUAGCUUCAUCUGACACAGAAAUAGUAGCUGCUCUAUUUAUAUGGUCUUAAAUCUCAGAGGUUACUGUUAUACAUCAGUAUUUCUUAUUGGAGGAAUUUAACAAAAUACCUGAAAUGCUCUUGUAUUAAAUAUUUUUGUAGACUGUGAAUUUUGAAGCUGAGGAGAAGGCAUGUGAGAAAGGAGCAUGUGCCAAGACAUGGGGCUUAUUUUAGGUCCUUUCCCUCUGAUUUUCUCCCCCUGAAAUUACAGAGAGUCAGUUGGGGGCAGAGGUGAAGAGCAGAUGGAAGAAAUGUUCCAGAUUUCUGGAGCCUAAAUAACCAGAAAAUCCGCUCUGCCUUGGUUAUCUGGUAAAAGGAAUCAUGUGGGGAGUUUUAGGUGGAAUUAUAAAGAUGUUAACCAUGAAUUUUAAUUUUAAGUGGCACAAAAAUAAAUUUGGCCUUUAGACAGCUUGGCAAUUGGCUAUUUAAUCUGAGUUGAGGCAAACUGAGGAAGGUAGGCCAAACAAUCCACUCUGGGUCCGUUCCUCUGCUCUGGGUCACUCUGUGCACCAGCUUACCUGGAUAGGUAGAAACUUGGCCUUUGUGCCUCUGAUGGGCCAGGUCACGGGGAGAUGGGCGGGCCGAGGAUGCAGCCUAAGAGCUGCGCAGUCUGCAGCAGCCCCUGCUCCCUCCACUGACCCAGGGAGCCGGCAGUGCUCUGAGCUGUAGUGGUCAGACCAAGCUCAGGUGUGAGCAGGGGAGGUAGGGUCUAGGCAUGUCUUCUGGAGAAGGGAAGAUUUUGGGAGUGGGGAUUGUCAUGGAGGCAGGAGGAGCAGAUGUGUUACAGAUGGGCAGAACUAGUGCCAAAAGUUGGAAAUUCAAGGAGAAAGAUUUUGGUUCAAUUCAGUCCAGCAAGUGCUCCAGAUAUUGGAGAUGUUAAAGCAGAAGCUAGUUGAGCACUUAUUAGAGAUGUUGUUAAAGCCCACAAUUAGAUGAACUUGAAGGUCCUUUUAGCCUGGAGAUCAGCAUCCUGUAUCUGGAGUUACCUACUUGCAUAUAUCCAGAACAGAUGUCCUGGUUUGAAGGGCAGCCAUUUGGAUCCAUGGUGCCAUGCUCUACACUAUGGAGCUGGGAAUUCCAGAAUUGUGUUGACUUGGGAUGUGAAUGGAUCAAGCCAUAUGUCUGUCCAUUUCCCUCUUGAACAAAAGCUUGGACGUUAGGCAAAUAGAAAUCAGUGAAGGCAUCUUUGUCUUCUCACACAUAUGGAGAGCUGCUCUCUGUGGAUCUAGAUGGAAUUUGUUGGCAGGACCAUUGUCUGUACUGGAUAUUCAUCCCCAAAAGGCUUUCAGCCUAGAUGGUCUGAGCCUCGGUAGGUUUACAAAGGCAAAGGGAGGCAAUGAGUCAAAGAGCAUUGGUUUAAAAGGACUGGUUCCCUUACUCUAUUACUGGAGACUAAAGCUCAGAAAGGAAAGUGGACUUGUUCAGAGUCAUGCAGGAAGUCAUAUCAGAGCUGUUGAAGCUGGAAUGUUCUGAUUCCUGGACCACAGAUAUCCCUCUGCACCGAUUUUUUUUUUUUUUUUUAGUACGGUUUUCAGUAAAUUUGAAUCUGCCUUUGUGGUUGGCAUGUGUCAGGGUUCUAGGGACUUUUGCUUAAAUGAUUCAUGUUGGCAGUCUACGUUGUCCCUGUGAUUCCCUAUGACAGGUUUAAAACUCAAGUGUGCACACAGGUGUGCACAAAACUACACACACACACACUGGAUCCAUGAGUGUAUCAGGACAUAUUAAAACUCCGUGAUUCACAUUUCAGUAAUUUAAGGGAAGACAUUUUCCUGGGAUGGAAUCUCUCAUGCUCAGAUAAUGGCUUUGGCUGGAAAUUUUCCUUUAGUUAAACUCUGCCUCAGGAAGAAUCCAUCAUUCUAAACAUUAUGUGAUGUAUCUUUUUGGAAUAAAAAUGGUCUCACCUUCCUCUCAGGGAUGUGAGAGAACGUGUGCGAGGUUGUACUGUGAAGUCAUUAGGCUCUUAGAAGGCGCCUGCCCAAGAGAGCCCUGUAUUAUUGAUGUUCCUUUCCUUCCUCAAGGCCUGGUGAACUGUGCCCUUUUGCCCUGGGCAGGGCCCAGGUAGAUGGGCCGUCAUCCAGGCCUGUAAGCCAUACUUGAUUUCUGCAUUGAUUUACAUGUUUUUACUGUGAUCUUGGUCCCAAACACAGAAUUGUUACCUUGUGCUCAUUGAAUGUGCCUGAUUCCUGUAAAUUCUAAUUUACUUGCUUGUUCUCAGUGUGUGUGUAUGAAACUUUAUGUUUAAGAAAGAAGUCAUAAAUAGAGUAAGAGUGUUUUAGUGUCAUUGAAGAAAUGCUUUUAUGAUUUCUAAUAAAUAUUUAUUUUGCCUUGUGA